GCCCAGGCCCGCGGCCGCCCGGGUGUCCUCGCGCCGCUCGUCCACGCGCAGCCUGGCAGUUUGCCUCUUCCUCGUCCUGCAGCCUGCGUCCAUGGCCACCGCAGCGGCCGAGGAGCCCUUCCCCUUCCACGGCCUCCUGCCCAAGAAAGAGACCGGGGCCGCCUCCUUCCUCUGUCGCUACCCAGAGUAUGACGGGCGGGGGGUGCUCAUCGCCGUCCUGGACACGGGGGUGGACCCCGGGGCUCCUGGCAUGCAGGUCACAACUGAUGGAAAACCAAAAAUCAUCGAUAUCAUUGAUACAACAGGAAGUGGUGAUGUGAAUACUGCUACAGUAGUAGAGCCCAAAGAUGGUGAGAUUAUUGGUCUUUCAGGAAGAGUGCUCAAGAUUCCUGUGAGCUGGAUAAAUCCCUCAGGCAAAUAUCAUAUUGGCAUUAAAAAUGGCUAUGACUUCUAUCCAAAGGCGCUCAAGGAAAGGAUACAGAAAGAACGGAAGGAAAAAAUCUGGGAUCCUGUUCACAGGGUGGCCCUUGCAGAAGCCUGUAGAAAACAAGAAGAAUUUGAUGUUGCCAACAAUUGCCCUUCUCAAGCAAAUAAACUAAUCAAGGAGGAACUUCAAAGUCAAGUGGAAUUGCUAAAUUCUUUUGAGAAAAAAUAUAGUGAUCCUGGCCCUGUGUAUGACUGCUUGGUGUGGCAUGAUGGUGAAGCCUGGAGAGCCUGCAUUGAUUCGAAUGAAGAUGGGGACUUGAGUAAAUCUACCGUGUUGAGAAACUACAAAGAAGCCCAAGAAUAUGGUUCUUUUGGCACAGCUGAGAUGUUAAAUUACUCUGUUAACAUAUAUGACGAUGGAAACCUGCUGUCCAUUGUGACCAGUGGAGGAGCUCAUGGGACACACGUAGCUAGUAUAGCUGCUGGGCAUUUUCCUGAAGAACCGGAACGGAGUGGUGUAGCUCCCGGUGCUCAAAUUCUUUCAAUCAAGAUUGGCGAUACAAGACUAAGCACAAUGGAAACAGGCACGGGCCUCAUAAGAGCUAUGAUAGAAGUCAUCAAUCAUAAGUGUGAUCUUGUCAACUACAGCUAUGGAGAAGCUACUCACUGGCCAAAUUCUGGGAGAAUUUGUGAAGUCAUCAGUGAAGCAGUGUGGAAGCAUAACAUAAUUUACGUUUCCAGUGCUGGAAAUAACGGUCCGUGCCUUUCUACCGUUGGUUGUCCCGGUGGAACUACAUCGAGUGUAAUAGGUGUUGGUGCUUAUGUUUCUCCCGACAUGAUGGUUGCUGAGUAUUCCCUAAGAGAGAAAUUACCGGCCAAUCAGUACACGUGGUCUUCUAGAGGCCCCAGUGCCGAUGGGGCCCUAGGAGUGAGUAUCAGUGCACCAGGAGGAGCCAUUGCUUCUGUCCCUAACUGGACAUUGAGAGGAACUCAGCUAAUGAAUGGGACAUCCAUGUCUUCUCCUAAUGCGUGUGGAGGCAUCGCCCUGAUACUUUCUGGUCUGAAAGCUAAUAAUGUUAACUACACGGUUCAUUCAGUCAGAAGGGCUCUAGAAAACACUGCCGUGAAGGCUGACAAUAUAGAAGUAUUUGCCCAAGGACAUGGUAUUAUUCAGGUUGAUAAAGCCUAUGACUACCUCAUUCAGAAUACGUCAUUUGCUAAUAAAUUAGGUUUCACUGUUACUGUUGGAAAUAACCGAGGCAUCUACCUCCGAGAUCCCGUUCAGGUGGCCGCACCUUCAGAUCAUGGCGUUGGCAUUGAACCUGUAUUUCCGGAAAAUACCGAAAACUCUGAAAAAAUAUCCCUUCAGCUUCAUUUAGCUUUAACUUCAAAUUCAUCUUGGGUUCAGUGUCCCAGCCAUUUGGAACUCAUGAAUCAGUGUAGACACAUAAACAUACGUGUGGAUCCCAGGGGCUUAAGAGAAGGAUUGCAUUAUACAGAGGUGUGUGGCUAUGACAUAGCCUCCCCUAACGCAGGUCCUCUGUUCCGAGUUCCAAUCACUGCAGUGGUAGCGGCCAAAGUAAACGAAUCAUCACAUUAUGAUCUAGCCUUGACAGAUAUACAUUUUAAACCUGGUCAAAUUCGAAGGCAUUUUAUUGAGGUUCCUGAGGGUGCAACAUGGGCUGAGGUGACUGUGUGUUCGUGCUCUUCUGAGGUGUCGGCCAAGUUUGUUCUCCACGCAGUGCAGCUGGUGAAGCAGAGGGCGUAUCGAAGUCAUGAAUUCUAUAAGUUCUGUUCCCUUCCGGAAAAAGGGACACUGACUGAAGCUUUUCCUGUCUUAGGUGGGAAAGCAAUUGAGUUUUGCAUUGCUCGUUGGUGGGCAAGUCUCAGUGAUGUCAAUAUCGAUUACACCAUUUCUUUCCAUGGAAUAGUGUGUACUGCUCCUCAGUUAAACAUUCAUGCGUCGGAAGGAAUCAAUCGUUUUGAUGUUCAGUCCUCCUUGAAGUAUGAAGAUCUGGCUCCCUGCAUAACCUUGAAGAGCUGGGUCCAGACACUGCGACCACUGAGUGCAAAAACAAAACCUUUAGGAUCAAGAGAUGUUUUGCCAAAUAAUCGUCAGCUUUAUGAGAUGAUCCUGACCUAUAACUUUCAUCAACCCAAGAGUGGGGAAGUAACUCCAAGCUGCCCACUACUUUGCGAACUAUUGUAUGAAUCAGAAUUUGACAGCCAACUGUGGAUUAUAUUUGACCAGAACAAAAGACAAAUGGGUUCGGGAGAUGCCUAUCCACAUCAGUAUUCUUUGAAACUGGAAAAAGGAGAUUAUACAAUUCGACUACAGAUCCGUCAUGAGCAGAUCAGUGAUUUGGAACGUCUUAAAGAUCUUCCAUUUAUUGUUUCUCAUAGGUUGUCUAAUACCUUGAGCUUAGAUAUUCAUGAAAAUCAUAGCCUUGCACUUCUAGGAAAGAAGAAAUCAAGUAAUUUGACAUUACCACCCAAAUAUAAUCAACCAUUCUUUGUUACUUCCUUACCCGAUGACAAAAUACCUAAAGGGGCAGGACCUGGAUGCUACCUUGCAGGAUCCUUAACGUUAUCAAAGACUGAACUUGGAAAGAAAGCUGGGCAGUCUGCAGCAAAACGACAAGGAAAAUUUAAAAAGGAUGUGAUCCCUGUUCAUUACUACCUAAUAUCUCCGCCAACAAAGACUAAGAAUGGCGGCAAAGAUAAAGAAAAAGAGUCAGAAAAAGAGAAAGACUUGAAAGAAGAGUUUACUGAAGCAUUACGAGAUCUUAAAAUUCAGUGGAUGACAAAGCUGGAUUCUAGUGACAUUUAUAAUGAAUUGAAAGAAACAUAUCCUAAUUAUCUUCCUCUGUACGUUGCAAGACUUCAUCAGUUGGAUGCUGAAAAGGAACGAAUGAAAAGACUUAAUGAAAUUGUUGAGGCUGCAAAUGCUGUCAUUUCUCACAUAGACCAGACAGCCCUCGCAGUUUAUAUUGCGAUGAAGACUGACCCCAGGCCUGAUGCAGCUACUAUAAAAAAUGAUAUGGACAAACAAAAAUCUACCCUCGUGGAUGCCCUUUGUAGAAAAGGAUGUGCCCUAGCUGACCACCUGCUUCACGCACAAGAUCAAGAUGGUGCCGUUUCAGGUGAUACGGAAGGAAGAGAGGAGGAAGGAGAGAGCACUCUGGAUUCUCUGACGGAAACUUUUUGGGAAACUACAAAAUGGACUGAUCUUUUUGACAAUAAGCUGCCUGGCCAGAAGAGGAAGACAAUACAUGGAAUGUGGCUAAGCUGGGCUCUGAAGAAGACUCUGUGUUUAGUUUUAACAUUUGCAUACAAGCAUGCAUUAGUAAAUAAAAUGUAUGGGAGAGGCCUUAAAUUUGCAACUAAACUUGUGGAAGAAAAACCAACAAAAGAAAACUGGAAAAAUUGUAUUCAACUGAUGAAGUUACUUGGAUGGACCCAUUGUGCAUCUUUUACUGAAAACUGGCUUCCCAUCAUGUAUCCUCCUGAUUAUUGUGUAUUCUAAAAUAGGAACCAAGACUUUAAAUUUUAAAAAAGAAAGUUUUAUAGUGAAUGGAUAUAAAAACAAAUUUGUGGCAUUUUUAGUCUAAUGCAUGUUUUCAUCCGCUAUCAAAUACUGAUUAUUAAAAUGAUGUGUAUUUAUCAGAGAAUUUGCUGGCGUGUGGCUUAAUACAUGUAAAUCUAGACCUCUGACAUCAUGGUGUUUUUUUAAUGCCUCACAUGGCUGGCACCGGGCUGUGCCCUGACUGCCAGCACCAAGGACUUUCGGUUGGGUUGCAGAUAUCACUUGCAUGAUAGGUUUUGAACAGUGACUUUUAACUGCAAACCUGUAAAAUUCUAUUUUUUAUUUUAUAAAUGAACAGGGUUUUAACAUGCUCAACUUUAAUUUUUUUCAAUUGUAUGAAGGCCUUAAAAAGCUACAUUAAGCGUAGCUAAAAUUAUUUAUUGGACUAAAAAAAUAGCAGAACUUCAUUUCCAGAUUUUUUUUUCCUUUUUUUUCUUUUUUUUUUUUUUUUUUUUUUUCUUUUGGUAAAGGUUUACAUUUGAUUAAGGGGGAAAAAAAAACCGGCACAAAUGAGUGUGUGGCAAUUGCUGGAGCAUAACUGCUUCUCACUAAAUCAGUCUUCAUCUUGGAGUUAUUUCAGGUCAGUCAUUUUUUAACAUCCUUUUGACGUGCAGAGAGCAUCAGAAUGAACUAAUAAUACAUGUAUAAGUGCCAGACUGCUAAGUCUUUAUCAGGUAUUGUAAAGAUACACAUAUGGUAUGUUUGUUAAAGUUGAAAUAAUGUAAACACGUGAAUACAUGUGCAAAACCAUGACCACAGUAUAUACCAUAUGCAUUCUGAUACCUUGAUUUUUUUUAUAAAUAAUAAAAGUGAAUAUUGAAGCUUCUUAAA